AUGCUGUCUCGCGGCAUCCUUUCUUCCACUGAGAGCGACUCUUCCCCUCAACCUCACUCCACCCUCCCUACAACCCACCACAAGACGAUAAUCACGACUAUGAACGAGUCUGACUCUGACCGCUACACGAUCCAGCCUAUUGGCCGCUGGGAUACCCCGAGGAACGAGCACAACCCCACUUCACCUCCUUACAUUGCGCCUGGUGAGAUCCCUCAAGAGCCCGAGGUGGACCCGAUUGCUUCAGGGGAAUCUGGUAAUUGGUAG